UUCCCGGAAGUUGCACAUCAUAAGCCGCGCCAUCUUCUUCCGGUUUGUAACCAGCACUUUCACCACACGCUUCAAUCAUGCGGCUGGAAAAAUGUUUUUUCUGUAGUGCAACUAUAUAUCCAGGUCAUGGAGUACAGUUUGUUCGCAACGACUGUAAGAUCUUCAGAUUCUGUCGGUCCAAAUGCUACAAAGCAUUCAACAAGAAGCGUAAUCCUAGAAAGACAAAGUGGACGAAGGCGUUCAGGAAGGCUGCAGGUAAAGAACUCACUGUAGAUCCAGCUUUCGAGUUCGAAAAGAGGCGCUUUGAGCCAGUGAAAUAUGAUCGAGCACUGUGGCAGAAUACAGUACAAGCAAUGAAGAGGAUAGAGGAAAUCAGAGUAAAGCGACAGAAUCAGUUCAUUUUGAACAGAUUAAAGAAAGGGAAGGAAUUGAGAAAGGAGGCUGGUAUUCUGGAUGUGGAAAAGAACAUUCAUUUGGUGAAAUUACCUGCAGCCCGGGCAGCCAAACUAGAGCAGAAGCUGGUGGAAGUCAUCACAGAGGAAGAGGAUCAUGAACAGAUGGACAACUGAAAUGCAAGAAAUAAUGAAAGUUUUGUGGUCUUUAAAAUGGCUCAUUUUGGAAUAAAUAGACUUAAAAAGAA